UCCGGGCUGUAUAAUGAAAAGACGUGCGAUCUAACGGAAUCUCCUGAGGAGCUGAUCGGAUAUAUCUACUCGAACUGUAUUGACUGGAAGUGUGAGAAAGAGCGAGAGCAGACAAUGACUGUGAUCAAAGAGCUUGCAAACGCCAAUCACAUGAACAAUCUGGAAUCGAUUCAGGAGGAAUUGGUAAUGAACUGGUUGAUUGCUGACAAAACAGACGACGCCUACGCCGUGGAUCCGAACGAUACUAUGGGCAACACUGGUGUGGAUGUAGGCAUGAACACUGCUGAUGAGAAUGAGAUCUUCCUUUUGCCAUUCUUUGAUGUGGCGGUCGACAGAAUAGUUCAUGUGCUCAAGCAGAUCAACAUGGAAAAGAUCAUGCUAGAUCUUAUCACUUACCUGCGAAGAGUACGUUUACAGACUCAUCUACCGUUGCUGGAGGGUUCAGAACAAUUGUACGUGCUGCUUGUGUUCCUACUACGUUCUUACACAGAUGAUCAGCUGAAACGAGCCAACUAUGAUCAUCUGAAAAUCUGUGUCGAUUUGGACGCCGUGUUAUAUGGCCGUUUGCUUGAGCUGGCGCAUGUCGACAUUCCUCUAGAUACUUUCCGUCGUCAAGAGAAAUCUGUUGUAGUUCGCGGCUUAGUUGCUCCUGGCGUGCGAUGGACACCACAGGUAAACACUUCAAAGGCAUCUUAUUUUUCUUCUAUUACAUUAAGCGUGGGUACAUGCGUGAGGAGCAUGAGUCGCACCUCCUCUCAACGGAGAAGAGGCAUGGGGGAAGUUUGUUUAAAUACGAAAAUGGGUACUGCUGUGGAAUGA